AUGAAGACGAUGAUCAUGUUGAAGGACACGUUCAUCUUUUUGACGAACGUGAUGGCGUACGAAGACGGAGAGAAGACGACGCGGAACACGCUGGAGGUGGACUCCAACGACACGAUCUACAGCGUCAUGGCCCAGGUGGAGGAUAUGACCGGCGUCCCAACCGUCCUGCAGAUGCUCUCCUUCAACGGCAAAUCCUUCUACCACGACACCCCCGGGACGCUGGCGGCGAACGAGCUGGUGCCGACCUACCCGGAUCCCAUACUCGUGGAGUACACCGACCCGUGCAAACUGGUGCAGCACAUGCUCCGGAGGAACACGCUCAGGAGCCUGGGAUUCCGCGUCGACGACGACCUGUUCCCCGACGCGUCCGUGAUGCUGCAGCUGGUCCGCCAUGGCGACAAGAAGAUGAUGAUCUCCCUGACGGACAACAUCAGGAUGGACGGAGCCGGGAGGAGGAUGGUGCUGGUGGUGGAGCCCGGGGACACGGUGGCCAGCCUCAAGGAGCAGGUGCAGCGCAGGCGGCGCUACCCGCUGGCCAUGCAGGAAAUCAGGGUCAGCGACGCCGACAACCCGUAUAUGGGCAGGCGGAUGGAUAGGCUCGACGCGACACUGGCGGACUACAACGUGAAAAAGGACUCGCUCAUCAACCUGUAUAUGAACAUGGGCUUUGCCGUCCAGGGCGAUAGGGGGGAGCGGGGGAAGGUCUUUAACAAGGCUAAGGAGAUCGCCUUCCCCGGCGAGCAACAGCGGCCGACCGCCGACGACCAAAAGUGA